AUGGUUAGUUUGUCUGGUCCAGUGGCCUUGGAGGGACGGGAUUGUUUGAUUGCUUUGGCCACUUGUGCCGAUGAGAAGGAGGGACUAGCCGGAGAACGGGACCAGCGCUGGGCGGGAGUGCUGGGCUUGUGGCACCGCUUCGUGGGACAAGCCAAGCCUGGCCUGCAGUCGCCACCUCCUCUAGAGCCUUACUUGGAGGUGCUGCAGUACGCGGUGCAAGAGUUGAGCAGCAGCAGCCGCCGCCACUUCGUGAGCCGCUGGCCAGAGCUGCGGCAGGCGUUGGCCAGCGCCGGCGUCACCACCCACCUGCACUGGCAGGCGUGCCUCCUGCGCUGCCCAGACGUCGCGCAGGUGGCGGAGAUCGCCGCCUCUGCAACGCUCGCCCACUCCACUGCCUGGAAUGUAGAGUCGGGCCGCGACGUUGCAGCCGUUGCUCUGAUGCUGUCCUACGUGCAGCCUGAGAAGCUAAGGGUGCGGAUGAGUCCGGGGAGGCUGAGGACGUCGCAAUGGGCAGAGGUUGUAGCGCGUCGCGUGGGCGACGUGGUGCUGUACUUGGAGGACGAGGGUGGCGACUGGUACGACCCCAGCGACGACCUCUUGACGCCUCUGCUCAGAAGCAAGAUGAUUCUGGUCCACUUCUUCGGGGGUGUGGGCACCCCGGCUGGAGUGGCAGCCAUAGCCGCAGUGGCGCAGUCAGCGCAGAUCUUCCUCAGGAUGGCCGAGCCUCUGGACCUCAGUGCACUCAGCGGGAAGUACUCUGAACUCAGAGUGUACACGCGCCCUCUCGACACCUUCUCCCAUAAGUGGGCUCUGCCAGCGGCGCCGCUGCCGGAGCUCGUGGUGGAGUCUGCCUACCUGGGGUCUUGCGAGGCCGUCGCUCGGACCGUCACGUCCCUCGUCCCUCCUGGCGGCAGGUUUGGCGAGCUGUGGCUGCGGUACUGCUCGCUGAGCCCCCCGGAGGUGCAGCGUCUGCUGGUCCUUCUUCACGAGCAGCGCGUCCGGACGCGGGAGGAGGGCGACACGCGCGCCGAGGUCGACGGGCCAUGGAUUUACCUCUACAUCAGCGACCAGCUGGCGCCUGUGCCACCUCUUCUGUACGCUGAACCUAUAGCCUGUGGUGACUACCACCUGUGGAACACCCCUGCCUUUUAUCGGAGUCACGGCUCACCCCUAACGUCAUUUGUCAGAGUCGAAGACCGGGACCAGCGGUGGGCGGGAGUGCUAGGCUUGUGGCGCCGCUUCGUGGGACAAGACGAGCCUAACCUGCAGUCGCCACCUCCUCUCGAGCCUUACUUGGAGGUGCUGCAGUACGCGGUGCAGGCGCUGAGCAGCAGCAGCCCCCGCCACUUCGUGAGCCGAUGGCCGGAGCUGCGGCAGGCGCUGGCCAGCGCCGGCGUCACCACCCACCUGCACUAG